CAGUUUUUUGAUGUGGGCAGUUGCCCAGGGCGGCACUAAAGGAGGGGAUACAAUGGCACCAUUCAGAUGUACUGAUCAAGUAAUUGUGGAUCCAAUUGUGAUAAGUGAUAAGUAGUCCUAAAACAGCUUUUAGACAGAACUGAUGAGACUAAAAUCUUAUUAUCCAAGAAUGAUUUUGUCCAAAAAGAUAAAUGGACACACUGUAAAUCAUCCACCAUAAGGUCUAACAGAUUUCCAUAAAGUCUGGAGUGACUUUAUUUAGGUUCUGAGCUAUAAGUCACUGAAUGCGAAGGAGCAACACUAGACUUCAGACUUGAUUUGUGUCUUAAUGAUUUCUUAUCUGAGCACUUGAUUAACUUGUUUCCUCUCCUUUUGUUUUGUGUUGUCUAGAUAUAUGUUCUGUAAAGGUGCAAAGCGGAAGUUGGAAGAGGAUGAAGAGGGCCUGGAAGGCAAAGCGCUGGAGGCGUCGGUGGCGGGAGCGGGGGUAGGCGUUGCCUUGGAGGGUCUUUCCAAGGUGUCCUACACCCUUCAGAGACAGACCAUCUUCAACAUCUCCCUGAUGAAGCUCUACAGCCAGCGGCCGCUUGGCGAGCCCAGCUUGGAGCGCCGCGUCCUCAUCAACAACAUGCUCCGCCGCAUCCAGGAUGAGCUCAAGCAGGAGGGCUCCCUGCGGCCACUGUUUCUGCCGCCCUCGCCGCCGCCUGAUGACCCCAUGGACGAGGGGUUCCGCGAGGCGCCGCCAUCUUUCGGCAUCCUGUCCCAACCAUCUGCACUGUUGAUGCCGGCGAUUCCUCCACCACCUUCGCCCCACCCGAUGGUGCUUCCCAGCUGCCCGGCGCCCCAGCGCUUGGAAGGCUGCGCCACGCCCCUGGACGCCUGCCUCACUCCGGCCUCACUACUGGAAGAGGACGGUGGGGAUUCGGCGUUCUGCGCGCCGUCCCCACCCACUCCUCCUCUGUCUCCGCCCCCACUGGCUCCAUCAUCAGCGCUAAUGAGCAAGUUGUCCUCUAGUGUGACUGUCCUAUCAAACGACAGUUUCUCAUCCCCUCCGAGUGACAUGGAGUUGGCUCCUCCCACCGCCAUUACACGGACGGCAGCCGCUAAUACUAUGACCAUAACUACCUCCCCCACUCCAUCCCCUUUCUCAUCACCCACAGGCUCCACCAGAGACUGCAGGACAAUGGGUGCUAAGCCAGAGGCAGCUGCUGUUUUCCUGCCCGCACAUUCCCCUGCUAGCCUGGAAGACAUUUCCCCCUCGCCUUCGUCCCCUUCUUCUUCGGGUUUCCUCUCAGACUUGGCGCUGGACGACGUCCUGUUCGCCGAUAUUGACACGUCCAUGUACGACUUUGACCCUUGCACCACAGCAGGGGCCGUAGGCGCCACAGCUGGCGGUGGCGGUCACGCCAAGCUUUCGCCAGUGGUGAACGCCGACGACCUCCUCAAAACUCUGACGUCGCCGUACAGCGGCUCCGCCCCCCAGGUUUCAGCCAAUCAGCCUUUUAAAAUUGAUCUGACAGAACUGGACCACAUCAUGGAGGUGCUGGUGGGGUCAUGAUUCAACGACACCCUGACCUCCACCUGCAAAACUUUUUAUUAACCUGGAGAAACAGACUGGAUGGGAAAAAUUUGGGAUCGCUUUUAUUUUUAUCUCUUUAAAAGACUUUUUCUUCUAAGGUCGGUAAUUGUAAACAUCAAAGGUGAUGUCAACUAGUACUACUAUGACAACUACUACUUCUACACAACACUGUUCAUGCACUGUGCUCGCCUUUCUAGGUGUGGAAGUGAAGUAACGAGGAAGCAAAGCAUACACACCGCAAAAACAUAGAAGCAUUUUUGGUCUAGUUUCUCGUGCAAAUGUCUUGGUAUACUUGAAAUGAGACAAAACUAACUCACAAGUAACUUUUC